AUGCACGCUGCCGCCCGCACCCUGCGCGCCGCCGUGCUCGUGGCGGUGCUGCUUGCAACCGUCGCGCUCGCCAUCGAGCCGGCUGAGUGGGCAGUCUACCGCGGCAACAUUGCCAAGCUGCCUGCGGCAAACGGCGCGGCCACGGUGGGCGAGACCCUGGGCGCCUUCCUUGACUACAAGUUUGACCUGCCCAUGGAGUUUAUGCGCCGCGCCCAGUCCUACAGCGGCCCCCGCACGCGCCUCCGCCGCGUCAUGUCAGACAUGCUCUCCGGCAAGAAGGUCGAAAUAGACAUCCUCGGCGGCUCCGUCUCCGCCGGCGCCGUCGCAACGCGCAAGAUGGACCCGGUCAACCCCAACGACGUGUGGAGCCUCGUCAGGAUCGCCCUCCAGAAGGGCGUCUCCCCCAAGAUCUCGUUCUUCAACAACGCGCGGUCAGCCACCAAGUCCUACAUCACGUCCCUGUGCAUCGACAAGUUCCUCAACGCGACUGCCGACCUCGUGUUUGUGGAGUUCAUCGCCAACGACGGCAGCGAGAUGGACAUCCUCGUCACGCCGCCGCAGGACAAGACGCGCUCCUUUGAGCGGUUCCUGCGGAAGAUACAGCAGCAGCCCUCCAGCCCGGCGGUCAUGCUCGUGAGCGAGAUGGCCCUGCCCCCGGGCGGCCGCGAUGGCAAGGCCAAGCGCGGGUUCUUCGCCACCCCCGAGGACAAUUAUGGCAACCUGGCCCAGUACUACGACAUCCCCACCAUCUCGUUCAGGGACGCCCUCUGGCAGCUGGGCGACAAUGGCCGCGACGGCAUGUCCUGGGACGACUUCAUGGGCCCCGACCGGCUGCACCCCAACGACAGGGGCCACCAGCUGAUGGCCGACAUGGUGAUCUACCUGCUGCAGCAGACCGCGGUCGACCUGCUGCUGCGCCCGGUGACGCUGGCGGAGGUCGCGGCCUCCAGGGCGCCGCUGCCGCCGCCCAUGUAUGACGGCAACGAGGGCAGCAAGGACCAGAUCUGCGCCCAGGGCAAGUCCAUGACUCGGUUCGUCAUCGCCAGCCAAGGCUGGGCGGUCGUCUCUUACGAUGACGGCGGCCAGCACUUCCCGACAUUCGGCUACGAGACCACCACCCCCGGCGUGCCCUUGGUGCUGCAGGUCGACACGACCACCCCUGCGGGCGGCGUGCGCGGCGUGGUGCUCACCUACACCAAGGCCAAGACCGGCUUUGGGGACGCCCAGGUCACCUGCGGCAACGGCUGCACGUGCGACGCCAACACCCUGGGGGGCUCCGUGACGUACGACCAGACCGUGCUGUUUCUGCAGGAGGUGCACCCCACGGCCAGCCCCCAGUGCCAGAUCACCAUCCAGAUGGACAAGGCCAGCCCCGCGGGCAGCAAGAUCAGGAUCUCGGGGAUCGCCAUCACGGGGGACACGGGAGAUGUGUCGGGGCGCGUGGGAGAGGAGAAGUACAUGUCCUGGCUCACCGGUGACAAGUGGGCGGCCUGA